CAGCGGUUACGGAAGAGUAUAUGAAGACAUUUGCAAAAAUUCAGCAACAGGCAGGACAGGUUGUGGCGGAAACGCGGGAACAUGUCUGCGAGGCGACCACUGCGACGGGUGGCUAGCCUGCGCGAGCCAGUGACCUCCUUCCUCGCGUCAAAGAAGAUCACAACAGUCGCGGAUGUGCUUGUGCUGAACAUCUUGGAGCUGCUGGAUCUGGGCAUUGCAUACGACGAAGCAACGCAUUUGAUUGACGCUUGCACCAAAGCCGUCGCACCUGAACCCCAAACGGUACUGGAAAUGCUGGAGGAGCGAAAGCGUUUUCUGCCUACAACGCUGCCGACACUGGAUCGCAACUUGGCUGGAGGCCUCCCCAUUGGCAUGAUCACCGAGGUGGCUGGCCCGUCUGGGUGUGGCAAAACGCAGUUCUGCAUGAUGAUGACGAGCGUGGCGGCUGUUGGCGUCAACGGCCAUGAACCCGGCGGUGUUCUCUACCUCGACACAGAGGGCUCGUUCUCCAACAAACGGCUGGUGGCGAUGGCGAGCCAGCGAUUUCCAGUGCAGCUGGCAACAAACGAGGCGCUUGUGGACAUGUCCAAACGCAUCCAGGUCAUCACAACCAAGACGUCCGCGGAACUACUCAGGGUGUUGGAAACAUUGGAUGUUCGCAUCGUUGAGAUGAAGGCUCGGCUCGUCAUCCUCGAUUCUGCCGCCUCCCUCCUCAGAAAGGAGUAUCAAGGCAACCAGCAGGAGCGGCGUGACGUGCUCGCCCGCGAAGCAACCCUCCUCAAGCGCUGGGCUCAGACAUACGCCAUUCCCGUGCUGGUGACAAACCAGGUCACAACACGCUUUGACGACAACCAAGGAGGCGACGCCUUUGUCACUGCAGCUCUUGGCAACACCUGGGCACACAGCGUUAACACACGGCUCACCGUCAACUUUGCGCCCAGCGACGCACUCAGGUUCCUGAGCGUGAUCAAGUCGCCUCUCGUCGCCUCCUCCUCCAUCGCAUAUCGAAUCACAGACCAGGGCCUUGUCGAGGACGAUGCACCGGUGCCGGCGGAGUUGACACGCGCGCAGACGGCGACGGCAGUGCGGAUUGAAGCGCGCCACCGCACCCGGCAACAAGACGGGAGUCGGGGAACAUCUGCGCAGGUGCACCGCAGCGUUCUCAGCGCCCAGAUCAACUGACGUAUGUUGUGUGUGGGUGUGUGUGUGUGUCUGUGUCUGUGUGUGUCUGUGUCUGUGUGUGUGUGUGUGUGUCUGUGUCUGCGUCUGUGUCUGUGUCUGUGUCUUCCCUCUUCCAUCUGCCCCUCCUGCCUUGCUAUUGUAACUGACCCUCCGUCUAGGAGCUCCCCUCACUUCUUGUUUGUCACGAAUAGCUGAAACAGUAAAGUGACUGCUGUCACAUCAAAAUCAC